AUUAGACAGGUUUGAAGGUGAUUGCGCGGUAUUUACAUGAACACGACUGCUAAACAGAAGUAUGCACUCGGAUUUUGUGCUGUGUUGUGACUCAGUAUCUAGUCCAAUAAUUCAAGUCAUUUCAUUCAUUAAUUGUUUACAAGAAAAGUAGGAUUCUGAACAAUUGUAAAAAUGGCAGGUCUUGAAAAAUACAAAAGCUACGCAGAUGAAGUGGUUAAGUCAAGAGAGGAAGCCAAGUUUAAAGAGAAGGCAUUAGUGCAGCAACAAUUGAAUGAGAGGGGUGGACUUUGCGUACAAGCGUGUGGUAGCGUUCGUCAUAGGAGUGAUUGUCAUCUUUGUUCUUACUGUGAUACAUGCGAAGGGGACAAUGGACAUAGUUUUUUAUUCAGAGGGAGCAUAAUUCCAAAUAGGAGAAAUCCACAUGAUCCCUUCGUUUUUUCCGAAACGUGGAAAUCGGAGGACACUUUAAAGUGCGACAGUUUCAAGGAGGGGUGUUAUGCAAUAUUAUGUGUUAAGCCAGGUUGUAAGUAUACAGGAGUGGUGUAUUUUGGAGAGAGUAAAGAUAUCCAUUCAAGGUGCCGUGAUCACAAAAAACAUAUCAUCGGAGUUGACAACAAAAAUGUGAAACGAAUGCAUCGUCAUUUCAUUGAACAUGGUGACAGUUGCCCGUUGCAAUACUUUCGAUUCGUGCCUAUAAAAGAGGUGAAGGGAGGUCCCACCGCAAGACAAGCAUAUGAGAAUGAAAUGAUGGAACGAUUCGGGACAAGAGGUUAUUUUGGUUUCAACGACCGACAAGCAAGACUUGAAGAAAACAGCCCCCCUCCUCCACCAAAGGUGGCAAAAGUUGACAAAGAAGGUGAUGAGAUGUAUGCUUGGAAGAAGCCAUCGGCUCACGGAGGAUCAGUAUCGGCUAAACCAGUGAUGGAGCCAAGGGUCCUACUGUCACUCGCCCUCCUCAACCACCCAAAUUCAACACCACCCCAUUCUGCCACUACUGCGGAAAUUACGAACUUUGCUAACGCUUAUUUUAAGAUGAAUACCAUCACUAAAUCGAUGUUUUCAGCCAUGAGACAACGUGUAAAUUCAUCAAACAAAGAAGCUUGUCCCCCCAUGGAGGUUGACUGGCUGGUCUGGAUCAACCGACCACUUCAGCCUCUCCCAUCUGGCCGGAAAAACACUUACACGUAUGGAAUAAAACCUGGAUUCCAAGAGACGAUUGACCAAGAGAUAAAGACCGAAUUUGAUAGCGGCGAGUUGCAUAAAUUAGUAAAAGACGGAGUAUCUGUAAAAUUAAUGAUAAAAGGGCUUCUCCCUUUGGCACCAAAAACACGACUUUAAA